UCCUGCGCCUUCCUUUUUCUCUCCCGAACCCAGCAUGCAAAUCCUCCCGGGAGUCCUUGCAUCUGACGCUCCUCCCCUUGUUUAAUCCGCAGUCGUCUUGCUCGUCCUGGUCACUCUGCGCAUGCGUCGGUGCAGCGGCGGCCGCGGCGUCACGCUGAGGUGCGAGGGCGUGGAGGGCCUGACGAGCCCCACGGGGACGCCGGUCUCCCUCCAGGGGGACGUCGAGUACCUGCAGACGACGCCCUCCCACGACGAACACGUGUUCCUGGAGGCGAUAAAGAUAAAGAUCCCGGGCAGCAGACUUCUUCGCCUCGUAGGUAAGGCUCCCCCCGUGUCUCACACUUGCACCACGACCCUGGCUGUCGACGAGCCCCUGGUGAAGGAGGUGAGCGUGAUCAUCCCGUCGACGUCUAAAGGCAGCCCCGACAAGGACUCCGAGAGGGAGAAGGCCCCGUCGAUAUCACGGCGGUGCUCGGUCUCCUCCGUCAUCGGGGACGUGAGUGUGGCCAAGAGGCUGAGUCUCCCGAGGGUGAUAGGGUCUCCCGUCUCGGCAGGGGAGUGCCCGCAGGUGACGCUGGCGCCGAGGGUGAGCUCCGCGCAGCCGCUCCUGCCGCAGGACGACCUCAGAGCCUACGCCUACGAGGGGGACGGCUCGCCCUCCGGCUCACUAACUUCUACUGUUUUAGGUCUCCGUGCGGAAUCCCUCGAGGACGAGAACGUGAGACCCCUUCUGCCAGAGUACGGGGAGGUGUUCGAUCUCCUAAGAAACCUCCCGGACGCCGUGGUGUCCUCGAGCCACACGAAGGACCAGGCCGGCAAAACGAGCAGAGACGAAGGAGCUAAACCCGGCACCACCCCCGCCAGCAGUGCCCACAGACAGACACCUUCCCCUCAAGCCCCGGGGGUGAAAGUGAGCCCGGGGGCGCUUAAGGCAGCGACCACGGGGAAGGAAAGUGUCCAGGACGAGGCUGAGGCUGAGGUCCUGCCGAGAACACAAAGCUUAACGACCUCCAGCUUAAAGCGGAGUUCGACCAGUGGCCAAGGUCGAGCUGCUAAGACUCAGACGCUGAGAAAAAGGUCGCUAGAAUAUUCAAGCCAGUGUUGAUUCUUUUCUUUUCUUCUCUUCCCUAUUCGUUCGUUGUUUAUUUGUUUCAAUUUCCUUUUUUCCUGUAAAACUUUGUGAUUACUUCAAGAAUCUUUAAGCUGCUGGAGACUGUGAUGCAUUAUUUCACAAUGGUGGAAGA